GCUAAAGUCAGCACUCACUCAAAGUUCAGGGACCAAAGGCUUUAGUUAACUCAAAACUUAAAAUCUAGAAAACACGGACCAAUGCUAUUUCCGGAGACAUAUAGCUCCGUUCCUCCGUCGUCUUCCUCCUCCGCCUCCUCCUCCUCCUCCGGUGUUAGGGUUUUCAGUGUCCAGUCCAUGCAUUUCACCUCCCAAUAAUACGUCUCUAAAAUCCACCUUCAACUGCAUCCAACGAUUCACCACAAGAAGAUUGCAACACCUCCAUAGUUUCGUUUCUUCAGCUCGCUAAAUCGAAGCAAAUCAUCACUUUCGCGUUACAGAGGCAGCAAUGGCUGAUGAACCACUAUAUCCAAUAGCGGUGCUUAUAGACGAGCUCAAAAACGAUGAUAUCCAGCUGCGUUUGAAUUCAAUUCGCAGGCUAUCGACGAUUGCGCGUGCUCUCGGGGAGGAGCGAACGCGUAAAGAGUUGAUUCCGUUUUUGAUUGAGAAUAAUGAUGAUGAUGAUGAGGUGCUUCUUGCCAUGGCAGAGGAGUUGGGAGUAUUUAUUCCUUAUGUUGGGGGAGUGGAGCAUGCCAGUGUGUUGCUUCCACCUCUUGAGACACUUGGCAGUGUUGAGGAAACUUGUGUGAGGGAUAAAGCUGUGGAGUCACUUUGUAGAAUUGGAUCUCAGAUGAGGGAGAGUGAUUUGGUUGAAUUUUUCAUACCCUUGGUGAAGAGAUUGGCAGCAGGUGAGUGGUUUACUGCCCGAGUCUCUGCAUGUGGACUAUUCCACAUUGCAUACCCAAGUGCUCCAGAAAACUCGAAGACAGAGCUGAGAUCAAUAUACAACCAAUUAUGUCAGGACGACAUGCCUAUGGUUAGAAGAUCUGCUGCAGCAAACCUUGGGAAAUUUGCUGCAACUGUUGAAUAUGCUCAUUUGAAGGCAGACAUUAUGUCAAUUUUCGAGGAACUUACGCAGGAUGAUCAAGAUUCUGUCAGAUUGUUGGCUGUGGAGGGCUGUGCUGCUCUUGGCAAGCUGUUGGAGCCACAAGAUUGUGUUUCCCAUAUACUCCCGGUUAUUGUCAGUUUCUCCCAGGAUAAGUCUUGGCGUGUGCGUUACAUGGUUGCAAAUCAGUUAUACGAGCUCUGUGAAGCUGUAGGCCCUGAACCUACCAGAACGGAAUUGGUCCCUGCCUAUGUGCGGUUGCUUCGAGAUAAUGAAGCUGAAGUACGCAUAGCAGCUGCCGGAAAAGUAACUAAGUUUUGCCGGAUUUUAAGUCCAGAUCUUGCAAUUCAGCAUAUUCUUCCUUGUGUGAAGGAAUUGUCAUCAGAUUCUUCUCAGCAUGUCCGCUCUGCUUUGGCUUCUGUAAUAAUGGGAAUGGCUCCAGUGUUAGGAAAGGAAGCAACAAUUGAGCAGCUUCUUCCUAUUUUCCUUUGCCUUUUGAAGGAUGAAUUUCCUGAUGUGCGCCUAAACAUCAUCAGCAAGCUUGAUCAAGUGAAUCAGGUUAUCGGAAUCGAUCUGUUAUCUCAAUCUUUAUUACCAGCAAUUGUUGAGCUUGCUGAGGAUAGGCAUUGGAGGGUCCGGCUUGCAAUUAUAGAGUAUAUACCCUUAUUGGCAAGUCAAUUGGGGGUUGGUUUUUUCGAUGACAAGCUUGGCAAUCUCUGCAUGCAGUGGUUACAAGAUAAGGUUCAUUCAAUUCGUGAAGCAGCUGCCAACAACAUAAAACGUCUUGCUGAAGAAUUUGGUCCUGAUUGGGCUAUGCAGAACAUAAUUCCACAGGUUUUGGAUAUGAUUAACAAUCCACACUAUUUGUAUCGGAUGACCAUUCUUCGAGCUAUCUCCCUGCUUGCUCCUGUAAUGGGAUCUGAAAUCACUUGUUCAAAAUUAUUGCCAGUUGUUGUUUCAGCAUCAAAGGACAGAGUGCCCAACAUAAAGUUCAAUGUGGCAAAAGUAUUAGAGUCCAUCUUCCCCAUUGUUGAUCAGUCUGUGGUGGAGAAGACAAUCCGCCCUUGUCUAGUUGAGCUCAGUGAGGAUCCUGAUGUUGACGUGCGAUUCUUUUCCAACCAAGCGCUCCAGGCAAUUGAUCAUGUCAUGAUGUCUACCUAGGCCGGAAUGUCUUAACAUCCAUUUAGGUUGAAGACUUCGCUGGGCUGCUAAUAUUUCCAGCUAAGCUAUCAUAUAUAGUACUGCUUAGUUUUGUUAAUACUGCUUAGUUAUGUUUAGUGCUCUUCAGUUAUCUUAAAUGGUUUUUGUGAGUAACUAGCCAUUGAUGAUUGAUGUGAUUUAGCUCCCCUUAUAUGCCAUGUUCUAUAUAUUCAUAUCUUUUUCUUGAUUGUAUUAUGCAUAAAUUAUUUUUGUCCCUUGUCCCA